UAGGGGGAGCAUAUUGGCAGCAGUUAGCACUUAGCCGCAGAAAAGAGAAAGGAGUUGAAAUUUGAAACGGAAGGAAGGGACUGUUGAAUUGGGAAAAACGCAUGGGAUAGAAGAUCUCAACCGUUAUCUUAUUUCUCUCUCUGUGAGAUCGAGUUCCACAAUGAGCCACCGAAUCUCUUCGUCUCGGUCGAUUCGACUCGGCCGAGUUCAGCCUCAAGCGCCUGGUCACCGCACCAUCUUCUGCAACGAUCGCCAAGCCAAUCUUCCCGUUCGGUUUAAGGGGAAUUCAAUAUCAACUACAAAGUACAACUUUUUCACUUUUCUGCCAAAAGGAUUGUUUGAACAGUUCAGGCGGGUUGCUAAUCUCUACUUUCUUACGAUCUCAAUUUUGUCAACCACACCUAUCAGCCCUGUGUCUCCAAUAACUAAUGUGCUUCCUCUAUCUCUGGUGCUUCUCCUCUCUCUUAUUAAGGAAGCUUUUGAGGACUGGAAGCGUUUUCAAAAUGACAUGGCUGUGAAUAAUAAUAUGAUAGAUGUUUUGCAAGAUCAAAAGUGGGUAGCUAUACCCUGGAAAAAGUUGCAAGUUGGUGACAUUGUAAAGGUUAAGCAUGAUGGAUUCUUUCCUGCAGAUCUUCUUUUCCUGGCUAGCACAAAUGUAGAUGGUGUCUGCUACAUUGAGACUGCUAAUUUAGAUGGUGAAACCAAUUUGAAGAUUAGAAAAGCAUUAGAAAGGACUUGGGAUUACCUGACUCCAGAGAAGGCAUCUGAGUUCAAAGGUGAAAUUCGGUGUGAACAACCAAACAAUUCAUUGUAUACCUUCUCUGGAAAUCUUAUAAUUCAAAACCAAACAUUUCCUGUUAGUCCAAGUCAGCUUUUGUUGCGAGGAUGCAGUCUCAGGAAUACAGAGUAUAUUGUUGGGGUUGUUAUUUUUACAGGACAUGAAACAAAGGUAAUGAUGAAUGCUAUGAAUGUUCCUUCCAAAAGAAGCACGUUGGAGAGGAAGCUUGACAAGCUCAUACUUGCUCUAUUUGCAACUCUCUUUGUGAUGUGUUUUAUUGGAGCUGUAGGCAGUGCUAUCUUUGUAAACAAGAAGUAUUUCUAUUUACAUCUUGAUUCAUCAGAGGAGGGCUCAGCACAGUUCAACCCAAGAAACAGAUUUUUGGUUUUCCUUCUCACUAUGUUUACCCUCAUCACUUUAUACUCAACAAUUAUUCCCAUUUCACUGUAUGUAUCGAUAGAGAUGAUCAAAUUUAUUCAGUCCACUCAAUUUAUCAACAAGGACUUGCACAUGUACCAUUAUGAAACUAAUACCCCAGCAUUGGCCAGAACUUCAAAUCUGAAUGAAGAACUUGGGCAGGUGGAGUACAUUUUCUCAGACAAAACUGGGACUCUGACUAGAAACUUAAUGGAGUUCUUUAAGUGUUCAAUUGGAGGAGACAUCUAUGGAAAUGGCGUGACUGAAAUUGAGAAGAAAAUAGCAGAGCGUAGUGGCUUAAAACUUGAGGAAAAUAUGUCACCCAAUGCAGUGCGAGAAAAGGGUUUUAAUUUUGAUGAUGCUAGGCUUAUGAGAGGAGCUUGGAGGAAUGAGCCGAAUCCUGAUAGCUGCAAGGAAUUUUUCAGAUGCCUUGCUAUAUGCCAUACUGUGCUUCCUGAAGGUGAUGAGACCCUGGAGAAUAUCAAAUAUCAAGCUGCAUCACCUGAUGAGGCUGCUUUGGUUAUUGCUGCGAAGAACUUUGGUUUUUUCUUCUACAGACGCACACCUACAAUGAUAUAUAUUCGUGAAUCUCAUGUUGAGAAGAUGGGUAAAAUUCAAGAUGUAUCGUAUGAGAUUUUGAAUGUGCUUGAGUUCAACAGCACAAGGAAGCGCCAGUCUGUUGUAUGUCGUUAUCCAAAUGGGAGGCUUGUUUUAUACUGCAAGGGUGCUGAUACUGUAAUCUAUGAGAGAUUAGCUGGUGGUUAUAAUGACAUAAAAAAAGUUAGUAGGGAGCAUUUGGAACAAUUUGGAUCUGCUGGACUACGCACAUUAUGCCUGGCCUACAAAGAAUUAAAUGCUGAUGUUUAUGAAAGCUGGAAUCAGAAGUUCAUCCAAGCCAAAUCUUCUCUACAUGAUCGUGAAAAGAAGUUAGAUGAGGUGGCAGAACUCAUAGAAAAUGAUCUCAUUUUGAUUGGUAGCACUGCCAUAGAAGACAAGCUUCAAGAGGGAGUACCAGCCUGCAUAGAAACUCUUCAAAGAGCUGGCAUUAAAAUAUGGGUGCUUACAGGCGACAAGAUUGAAACAGCCAUUAAUAUUGCCUAUGCCUGCAAUUUAAUAAACAAUGAGAUGAAGCAGUUUGUUAUCAGUUCAGAAACUGAUGCAAUUAGAGAGGUUGAAGACAGGGGUGACCAAGUGGAAAUUGCAAAAUUUAUUAAAGAAGAAGUGAAUAAAGAACUGAAGAAGUGCCUUGAAGAAGCACAGAGCUAUUUUAACUCUCUAUCUGGACCAAAAUUAGCACUUAUAAUUGAUGGAAAAUGUCUAAUGUAUGCAUUGGAUCCAAAUUUGAGAGUCAUGCUACUGAAGUUGAGCUUGAACUGCCAUGCUGUUGUUUGCUGUCGAGUUUCUCCCUUACAGAAAGCACAGGUCACAAGUUUGGUUAAGAAAGGUGCACAGAAAAUAACACUUAGCAUUGGUGAUGGAGCCAAUGAUGUUAGCAUGAUUCAAGCUGCUCAUGUUGGUGUGGGUAUAAGUGGGUUGGAGGGGAUGCAGGCCGUGAUGGCCAGUGAUUUUGCUAUUGCACAGUUUCGUUACCUUGAGGAUUUACUUCUUGUUCAUGGCCGGUGGUCAUAUCUUCGAAUAUGCAAGGUGGUGACAUACUUCUUUUACAAGAAUCUCACAUUCACUCUUACUCAGUUUUGGUUUACCUUUCAAACUGGGUUCUCUGGCCAGAGAUUCUAUGAUGAUUGGUUUCAGUCAUUAUAUAAUGUUAUCUUCACUGCACUGCCUGUGAUCAUUGUUGGACUAUUUGACAAGGAUGUCAGUGCAUCUCUAUCCAAGAAGUAUCCUCAACUAUACAGAGAGGGAAUAAAAAAUGUCUUUUUCAAAUGGAGAGUUGUAGCUAUAUGGGCAUACUUUUCCAUCUACCAGUCUCUAAUAUUCUUCUAUUUUGUGAGUUCGUCAAGUUUAAGUGCUAAAAAUUCAGCCGGAAAGAUAUUUGGACUCUGGGAUGUCAGUACCAUGGCUUUCACAUGUGUUGUAGUAACUGUUAACUUGCGGCUUCUUAUGAUUUGUAAUUCAAUCACAAGAUGGCACUAUAUUAGUGUUGGUGGAAGUAUAUUAGCAUGGUUUAUUUUUGUCUUUAUAUAUUCAGGGAUCAGCACCCGUUAUGAUCGACAGGAGAAUAUGUAUUUUGUCAUAUAUGUCUUGAUGAGUACAUUAUAUUUCUACCUCAUGUUAAUUCUUGUUCCUGUUGCGGCACUCUUUUGUGACUUUGUUUACCAAGGGGUUCAGAGAUGGUUCUUCCCCUACGAUUAUCAGAUCAUUCAAGAAAUGCACAGACAUGAGAGUGAUGGCACCAGCAGGGAACGGCUUCUAGAGAUAGGGAACCAGCUCACUCCAGCUGAGGCAAGGAGCUAUGCAAUAUCCCAACUCCCACGUGAGAUAUCAAAGCACACGGGGUUUGCUUUCGAUUCACCUGGUUAUGAGUCAUUUUUCGCUGCACAGCUUGGUGUAUAUGCCCCUCAGAAGGCAUGGGAUGUUGCAAGACGAGCUAGCAUGAGAUCUGGGCCAAAGAUUGGACAGAAAAAGUAAUUUUGUUCAAACUAAAAAUUAAGUCAUUUGGUGUAGGAUGAUUUUACAUUUACUUUAGUUUUGUUUUUUCGUGUUAAGAGCCAGCCCUAGGAGAUCUGUAAUUAGCACGUGCCAUAUUAAAUACUGGACAUUUUCUUUGUUAAAAUAUUGGUAGUUUUCAUUUAGGUAUAUUUUGUCGUUCUUCCCUCGUUGCCAGUUGUUUCUGUUGAGGGAAGUAGAGUGGAUUGUCGCAGAUGUAUAUUCCACAACUUUUAGA